AGCAGCAGCAGCAGCCCUGGCAGGAGCCAGAGCCCGGCAGCCGAGGCUGCAGCCAGCCGCCUGCCUUCCCCUACCUGCACCGUCACCCCACCACAGCACCGGCCCCGCCGCUCCCCACGGGGGGCAGAAAUAGGGGAGAGGGAGCGGAGGGAUCCCGCACAACCCAGGUGAUGACCUGAAAAAAUCAUGUCUGAGGUCCAGGGUACAGUCGAGUUUUCUGUGGAGCUACACAAAUUCCAUAAUGUGGACCUCUUCCAGAGAGGGUAUUACCAGAUAAGAGCUGGACUGAAGAUUCCAUCCAGGAUUCCCCACAGGCUGUUUGCUACAAUUGCAGAACAGACAGGUGAUUCCAGCCUUUGCUCUGCCUGUGUGCAUGAAAACAACGUUUACAGCAGAAUAUUUCAGAUUUUGUACAGGAACGAAGAGAUCAUUCUUAAUGAAUCAAUGAACUUCAGAGUACAUCUGCUUCUGGAUGGCGAAAGGGUGGAAGAUGCAUUGAGUGAGGCAGAUUUUCAGCUCAAGUUGGACCUGCAUUUUACUGAUAGUGAACAACAGCUGAGAGAUGUUCCAGCCAUCCCCAUGAUCAGCAGCCGUACGCUAUGUCUUCACUUCCACCCCCAGAGAGGCCUGCACCACCAUGUUCCUGUCAUGUUUGACUAUUUCCACCUGUCAGUGAUAUCCGUCACAGUGCAUGCGUCACUGGUAGCAUUACACCAGCCUCUGAUCAGUUUUGCUCGCCCAGGGAAAGGUUCAUGGCUUGGUAAAGGCAACUUGGAUAUAGGACCAGACCAAUCCAGUAUAUCAUUAGAAAAUCUUGUGUUCGGAGCUGGCUACUGCAAACCCACUUCAUCAGAGGGAAGUUUUUAUGUCCCAUCUGGAAAUUGCAUGCAACAUGCAUAUAAAUGGCAUAAGGACCUCUGUCUUCUGCUCUUGAAUGCUCAAAGAGGACUUCACGUAUACUACACCCUCAUAAUGAAGGAGGUUCCUGAUUUACCACAGCUGAAGUUGGAGGAACUACCUGUGGAAGAUACGUUAUCUCAGUUCUGUGCAGAGCUGCAGCUGUUGAGCAAUCCAGAGAAGAUAGCAGAACAGAUAAGCAAGGACCUCUCCUGGCUUUGCUCCCACCUUCUGGCCCUGUGGACCCAGUUCCUGGAGGUGGCAACACUUCAUCCAGAAGUCACAGCUUAUCUGACUCAAGAACAUCAUAUGCUAAGGGUAAGGAGAUUCUCAGAAGCCUUCUUCUACACUGAACACAAUAAACUUGCUGUGCUGACAUUCCAGGAAGGCCUGAUCCAAAGUCAUGCACAGAUUUCUACAGAAAUUCGUAAUUCAGAGUAUUUUACCAGCAUGCCCCCGCUGCCAGCAGAAUGCCUAGACAUCGAUGGUGACUGGAACACGCUUCCUGUUAUUUUUGAAGAUAGGUACAUGGAUUUGCCUUGCAAAGACCAGAAUUUGAAUACUUUCCCAGAUUUUGAGGCUCUUGCCAAUACUCAAAUUGAUACAAUACAUGAGAAGGAAAAUCUUGCAUCAAAUGAUGACACUGUAGAAAUGAAAGGAGACUUUGGGAAAGGUACUUUGCUAAUACACACUGACAGGAUAAACGGGAAUCCUUGCUUGUAUAGUGAUUCCAAAGGUGCUGCUUUCGCAGCCAAGGGUAUAAACCAGCACUCCACAUCUCAGGUAUGUACAGCGAACAAAGAAGGCCAAAGGAUACCUGAAAACAUUUAUGUUUCAAGUAAGGAAACUACUUCUGUCUCAGAGCUGAGCAAUACAGAAUGCAUAUCAGAGGAGUCUAAAACAUGCAAGGAAGUUUUAUUAAAAGACAAUAGGCAUUCAGUGGCUAUUACCACUGAAGAGAAGAAAUCUAGCAAUAAGGGUGCCCAUAAAAGUGAGCCCAUGUUGAUUGUCAGUGCUCAGAUUGAGUGCGGAGCGUGUGGAACUGAUGGCUUGGAAGGCAGGACUGAAAUACAUAAAAUGGCUGAAUCUGGUCAUCCUGAGAAUAAUUUCAGUUCUGAGCUUGAAUUGAGUGAAUUCAUCAGGCUUGAAAAAACACCAGAUGCAGAUAGCAAGCCUCUGCAGCCUGUUUUGAAAGCUUUGCCCUCUCACAGCUUGGAGGUGAAGUUGUUCACGAAGGAGCAACGAACUGAGGAGUGUGAAGAAUUUACCCUGAUGUCAGGGGUCAUAAAGAGAUCCUCCUCUAUUAUAUCAGAUUCGGGCAUUGAAAGUGAACCAAGUUCAGUGGCAUGGUCCGAUGCUCGGAGCCGGGCUCUGGAACUGCCCAGUGAUCGAGAGAUCCUGCACCACUUGGUACGGAGACAUGCCAUCCACCGGAAUUCCCUGGAGGGUGGGCAUACAGAAAGCAAUACCAGUCUGCCCAGCGGGAUACAAGCGUCUCUCACAUCCAUUAGUUCUUUGCCCUUUGAGGAAGAAGAGAGAGAAGUGGAGCUUACCAAACUGACUAAAUCUGUCUCAGCUCCUCAGAUCAGUAGCCCAGAGGAGCCUUUGGAGGAGGUGGACAUAUCUAAACGCAUUGAAGCAACCUCACGAGACUCAGGAGGAUAUUUAAAAAGCUGCAGGGAAACAGAGAAUGGAGAUGGUCAACUAAUGAUGGAUUUUUCUGUGUGUCAGCUCACCACUGAAAGUGGGCAACCAGAACCAAGAGGACCUCCCAAACUCUCUGCCAAAAACAGUAAUGACAACCUAGAACUACAAAAGGAGGAGGCAAAGGAAGAUUUCUCAGAGACUUACUGUAGUUUGGAAUGUGCAAAAGCACCUGCAUGUAAUCCUCUCAGAGAUAAUGACUCUGAAUGUCAAUCACUGGAGAACAAUGAUGAGUGCAGCUUAAAAAUACCAAGGGCUAAUAAUUACUUGGACAAAAGUAUAGGCAAGUUUGAUAAGUACAUUACAGAUCCAAAGGAUACAUCUAAGCCGGACAGCUUAAAAAUAGAACAAGACUUGUACAUCAAUGUGAGAAAAACAGGAGAGGACAGUUUCUCACAAAGCAUAAAGCUGGUACCACAUAUUUGUAAUCCUGUUUCAGGUCCUUCAGAGACUUCAACAGAAUUUGGCUCAAUGCAAGGAGAAUGCAAUAGCUUUCUUGCUGAUGAGAGCCUGCUGGUGUAUGCAGAAAUGCAGGGGUUACAGGAAAUUGAGCUCAACGACUCACCUGCCUCAGCAGAUCCUGCUGCAGAAUCCUGCCAGGACAAAUAUCCUCAGGAACUUGACAACCAAGGGCAGAAACUUGUAGCUAAUGGCACUGGGUUUCACUCGGUUACAAUGGAUGGGGUAGCACUGGAAAGCAGAAAGGCUGUUGAUGUAGUUAACCUCUCUGUCUCUUGCACGGCCACAUGUCUUCCCUUUUCUUCUGUGCUCAAAGAGACCCCUGCGAUGGUUGGUGUCUCUGCAAAGCAGGCUGCAUUUCCCAUCACACGUCAGCCUCUGGGCUCUUUUGGAGUUGUUUCUUCCCAUUCAAAUGAGGUGGAUGAAGAGGCCAAUGAAAGGAUGCUGAAUUUUUAUCAGGCCAAAGAAAAAUUUAAAAAAGAAAUGAAGAUUGAAGGAUUUCUGUACAGUGACUUAUCUGUACUAGCUUCUGAUAUCCCAUAUUUUCCACCAGAGGAAGAGGAAGAAAAUUUGGAAGAUGGAAUUCACCUGGUUGUCUGUGUCCAUGGAUUGGAUGGUAACAGUGCAGAUCUACGGCUGGUAAAGACUUUUAUAGAACUGGGACUCCCUAGUGGAAAACUGGACUUCCUAAUGUCUGAAAGAAAUCAGACUGAUACUUUUGCUGAUUUUGAUACAAUGACCGACCGAUUGUUGGAUGAAAUUAUUCAGCAUAUUCAGUUGUAUAACCUCUCCAUAUCCCGGAUAAGUUUUAUUGGGCAUUCCCUUGGUAAUGUCAUCAUCCGAUCUGUACUAACUCGCCCCAGGUUUCGCUAUUACCUCAACAAGUUGCAUACCUUCCUGUCCCUCUCUGGGCCUCACCUUGGAACCCUUUACAACAACAGUACUUUGGUUAGUACAGGUCUAUGGCUCAUGCAGAAAUUGAAAAAAUCAGGGUCACUUUUGCAGUUGACCUUCAGGGACAAUGCAGAUCUGCGCAAGUGUUUCCUUUACCAGCUCAGCCAAAAAACAGGUCUUCAGUACUUUAAAAAUGUUGUAUUAGUGGCCUCACCCCAAGACAGAUAUGUGCCCUUUCAUUCAGCAAGAAUAGAAAUGUGCAAAAAUGCACUCAAAGACAGGCAUACAGGUCCCAUUUAUGCAGAAAUGAUUAACAAUCUACUUCAGCCUUUAAUUGGGGCAAAGGACUGCACUUUGAUCAGGCACAACGUGUUCCAUGCUCUACCAAACACCGCCAACACAUUGAUAGGCCGAGCUGCCCACAUUGCUGUGCUGGACUCUGAACUUUUCUUGGAGAAAUUUUUCCUUGUGGCGGGACUCAACUACUUCAAAUAGUGCCUGAACUGUGGGAUAACUGAAGCAAACCAUUUCAUUGAAUGGAGGAGAAUUCCUUAGCCAAAAGCUUCUAGUAUUAGAAAGGAGAUCAGUUGGGACUUUCAGACUCUCCAUUUCCAUUUCUGUUUCCAGAAAAUAAAGUGCUAUGGCUUUAAGGCAUUCAGGCUUCCAAAUAUUGGUGCUUUUGGAAGAAACAAAUAUUCCUUUUCAGUUUUUAUGUCGUUUGUCUACAUGAAGACAUGAGUGAAUUCCGAAUGAGAGAAUCAGAAUAUAGAUGGUUAAUUAUCUAAAUAAGGUGUGACCAACGUGUUUGCAAUUUCUCUCAAAUACUAACACAGGAACUUAGGUGUUCUUGAUUUAAUGCUUAUUUAUGUAUUAACAAACACAUCUGUAGCACUUUGGGAUGAUUAACACAAGAGGAAAGAAACGUAUAUGAACUCAGGUUAAAACCUCCUUUAUGAUGAACUGAAAAGUCAACAUUCAUGAAAAUUUCAAUGUUUCCAUUUGUCAAAAGAAAAUUAUUUCAAUAUUCGUAAUGAUUUGUAACAUGCACAUAUUCAUAUCAUGGAAAGGGGGAAAUAUUUAACAUAGAAUGAAAAAAAAUCUUGAUAUUUGUCUUUUUUAAGAAACCCUUAAAUUAGUUAAAUUUUUGUUCAAAUUAGAAGCUGCCAGACUGGUAAGAGACUAUUGGAUUACUUGUGAAAUAACAGUGGCAUCUGUUAAGACUUCCUCUGUUUACAUUUAUAAGAUACCAUUAUUGUGCUCGUCAUUAUAACCUUAGAGUUAUUGUUUUUACUUUUACAUAUGUAUCCAAAUACAUUUACCCCAAGAUAAUUGUUUCUAUAUAUCAUUCCAACCCUGAAAUUCGAAAUUUGACCAGUAAUACCCCUGUAAAAAUAAUUCAAUGGAAAUGGAUCGGUGACCAAGAGCAGAAGGAUUAUGGAAAGCUCAAAAAUAUAAGGCUUCCUCUGCAAUGCUCUAAGAAGGUUUUACUAAUGGCCAUCUGCAGUCCUAAUUAUUGUAUGGUUACAGCUUGUUAAAACAUUUAGAGUUUAUUAAUACAAUGAUAUCAGAGUUCUUUUUAAGAGUAUGAGAAAUAACCCAUUUUUCACUUUUCUAUUAUGCAUUUUUUUAAUUAAAAGUUACCAGCAUUUUAAAUAACAAAUUUCAAUAAAUUUCUAUAAGUUUUCAUACCAUUUUAAUAAAUUUUCAAAGUCACAGCCGUUUUUUCAAAAAAAAAAAACAAAAAAAAAAACAACAGAAAAUGAAUAAUUCUUCACUAAUAUUUUUGUUUGGAAGGAUGACCAUUUUUUUUUACUGAAAGUGUAAUUUGUUUAGAAACAUAACUGAUCAACCCUGUAUAAUGAAGGAAACGAACAUAAAAAGUGACAAAGUUGGUUCCAGAUGUCAAGACUGUCAACAGAGAUCUAAGAUAAAGUUGUGCAGAUUUCUGAAAUAGGAGGAACACCCAGGGAAAUAUUUGUACACACACAGGAUAAAACUUGCUGCAUUCUGAAAAAGUGGGAAAAUUACAAAAAAUUAGUUCGAGAAAAGAGUUGCUAGCAAAUUGAAGAUGAUCUAGUAGUUUAGGCAUGUUUUGAAAUAGAAAGGAAUAAGUAGGAAUAUACAGAAAGCUAAGACUAAGGUCAUGUAAAAUCAGGCAGGUAUAUUUCACUUAAAAAUCAUCUUCCGCCCUUCAAAAGUGACACUGAAAUUAAAUAGAAAGAAUUACAUGGUGCAUUUCAAUAGUGACAAGUUUUGUAAACACUAAAUAUUGCUGUAAUAUUUGAAUAGGUGGAUACUAUUGUUGUUUUUUUUUUUUCUUUGUUUGUUUUCCUUUUUAAAAUUAACAUUUUAAAGCUAGAAGCUGAAUUUACUUGGUUAAAAAUAAAUUCUGUGUCAGGAAUCAAGAACUUCUGGUACCCACAUGUUGUUUUUGGAAGUCUUCAUGGCUUUUCAGCCUCACAAUUUUAGUUCCAGCUAAACCUAUUUGUCAGCAUCCUUCUUCCUUGGUAAACUAUUUACACAGUGUCAAACAUACUGAGACUUUUAGGUUAAGCUUCUAUACAAUGCAGUGGUUUUGAUCUGAAGCCACUGACUUCCAUGACUCCACGUCCAUUGUGAAACGCAAGGAAGAAAAACAGUCCCCAAAUAUCAGCAGUCUUCAGUGAAUUCUGUAGUGAUCUGUUCCUCUUUUAGAAAAUUUUCACGAGUCUACACAUGAAAAAUUUUUGAAGUUACUGGAAGGCCACUUUACACAUAUAUACAUACUUAAUGCAUGCAUGUGUGUACGCAGCAUAUACAAAGAAGUACAACAAAAAAUUGUGCUUAUUUCAAGGUCUCAAAAUGCCAUUUUUUUAAGUCCUGAGUAUACUGAAUAUGACAGCAUACCAGUAUCGUGCUUCUUAAACUUAGAUUGAUGACUUCCUGCCUUGCACAUCAAACAACAUUCUUAACCUUUUGUUCACAUGUCUGUGAGGUCUCCUUUGUAUUACUGCAGAAACUGGUGGCCCUUUCAAUACUCUACACUGCUAUCAGUACUGAGAUAGAUGGAUGAACAUACCUAAAGGUUUCUGUGUUCCUAUACAUACAGUAUUCUUCCAUGGCCUGGUGUCUGAUUUCAGUGCAGUUUGAUUAGGUUCAUGCAACUUGCUCCUUAGAGGAUGUGAUAGAAAGCUUCUAUAGAGCCUCCAAAAAAAACAAUUUAUGAGACAUCAUUCCAGAAAAAUGAUGUAACACAGAUUUUAUCUUUCUUCUGCUGCCAGAAUAUUAUGGGAAAUAUUAGCAAUAACAGUCUACCUUAUCUUUCAUUUUGAGGUUCUUGUAAUAGUCUCCCUCUCUUUUUUUCUUCUUUUCUUUUUUUAAUAGGAUAUUGCCUUGAUAAUAACACAGGAUAUUUUAAGUCAUCUCUAACAGUAUAAAACAUCUAACUGGUUGGACUUUGUCACAACAUAGCAAUCAACAUUGACUCAUUUUUAGAAGGUUUUUUAUGUUGAUUUGUAUAGAGAGAAAUAUAUAUUAAGAAUUAACUUUGUAGCAAAUAUCAGCUGUACGGUGAGCAUCUAUUGUGUUAAUAAUUGGAAUUUGAAUGUAUUGUCCUUUCAUAUAAAUCUUCAUUAUAUAAAUUUAAUUUCAUUAGCCGUAUUGAAAAGGCUUUCCCUUCUAACUGCAAACAUUUGCUUUGAUGUAUCUGUGGAGGCUGUGCUUAUUUCUUAAGCAAAGUCUUACAUUCACAAUGGAGAAGGCGGUUUUUCAAGGAGUCAGACAGAGUUGGGGACAUUACUGUAUUUGAAAUGAAAUUUAUCUCUGUGGGAUUCUUUUCUAAAGAAGGAAAAAAAAUGAACAACAAACAGCAAUUUAAUGUUUCUUCCAGGCUCCAAUGAGUAAAAUAUGUUUGUCUAGUGAGGUUUGACAAACAGCCCAAAUGAAUAAAUUCUCUCAAGGAAAGAUAAUAGAUCACAAGAUGGGAAAAGGACAACAAAGAGUCAGGAUCCCAGGACCUUGAAAGACAAUAUUAAAAGCUAAAGGGAAGGACAACAGGAAAGUGCACUUAAUGUAAGACUUUUUUGGGGCCUAGAUUGUACGUGAAAACUGGACUGAAUCACACUUGUAAUUACUAGCUAUUUUAUUCUUUGAGGUGCAAAUUUUCACUGGUACAGCUGGAUAACAAGAAAAACACUAGAGACAAAUCAAGAUCAUUUAAAAUUUGGCUUGAAAUGAGUCUUUUCUCAGCCUCCAAUGAUGCCCAUUUCUCUUUAACAAAACUGUUCACUUGUUUUCAAAAUCAUGUCUUUCCACUGACUGUAGUGGAAGCUGAAAUGGAUUGGGUUUAAAAGGAUGUAUCCUUAAGGUUUGAAACCUUAGCACAGAGCUUUGGAAAUCACUAGUAGGAAUACUGAGCUUUUACUUCAAAGUGCUUCAUAAAUAUUCACUGACCAAUCCUCUUUACUAUUCCCUUGCUUAAGAUAGGCCAAGCUUGAAAGAGAAAGCUAUUACAUGGUUAUGUGAAAGCUAGGAAUUCAGGCCAAAGCUUUCAUUAGGACUUGUAUGUUUUUCUGGUGCUUUCUGCAUGGUAAGAGAAGAUCACUUCCUUUCUACUGCUGCAUUUGAAGUAGCUAAUUGGUGAUACAGGAGAAAAGUGAGAACUUGUAAUAGUGGUUAGAACCUUUUGAAGGUUUAUGUAAGUAUCUCAUUAUAUAAUGAUUAGUCACGGUGCACUUCUGCAGUAGUCACCUAUCUGAAUGACUGUUUUCUUUAUGGACUUAAAUUUCCAUUUGAAAAUUAUCAUCAGGACAGACCAUCAUAUUUCAUUCCAGCUGGUCAUUUGGAUGCUAAAUGUCAUGUCCGUAUAGAAUUAUCUUGAGAGUGUUUUAAUUCAAUACAUAUGCACAACAGUUUUGAUUUUGAAUGUUAUUAAGUAAUUGCCAAUUCCUGGUCAAUCUUUAAUAUUUAUUUACCCCUUCCCUUUGAAACAAAUGUUGUGACCACAACAAGACCUUAUGAUUCCCCUAAUUUGCUAUCUCUUGAGUGAGCUAAAUUGCCUUAGGCAAUUCUGCUUUGCCCAGUCAUUCCAAAGUUUACACAGUUGCUUUUCCAUUAACUGAUUUCAUCUCCUGCUUUUCUUUCUGGCUAAAGCUUCCAUGAAUGCCUUUUCUUUUCAUCCUUCAAUCCUUACCUUCAAAAAAAUCUACAAAAUUAUUUCAUUACCUGAACACCUUUGAUAGUCUCAAGAAUAACCCUGGUGACUGCACCAACAAGUGUAUCAUAUUGUCACCUUUUGUAGGCCUCUCUUUCAGCAUCUAAUACAUCCAGGCCUACUUUGCGCUUCUGCGUUCCCACUAUGAUGCUAAUUCUUGUUUUUACAUGUUUUAUUUAAUGUGAUCUUAGUCACAGUUAAUGUUUAAGGAAAAUCUGUGGUGCAUAGAUGCCUAAUGCGAGUUGUCUCCACCUUGACAUUAGAGACAGCUCUGUUUUCUCACCUUGUGACCAUCAGACCUAUGACAUGCUGCUUCCCAACAGGUUGUGUGAUCUGAAAAACAUCUGCUGUUUCCUCUUUGUUUUAGUAAGACAGUAUAAUACAGGGAAGUCCAUGCACAGGGUAGAAAUGGUUAUAAAAACAAUUUCAUCACUCUGGAACCAUUUUAAAUGCAGAUGAACUAGGCUUUCUCUGUAUAAGAUAAGAGCAUAAAGAAUAAAUAUGUACAAGCUCUGCUUAUGCAAAAGUUCAGGCUGAAUUAACUUCUAUUAUAACCUUGAAACUUGAUUUAUCUGCUUUUGUAAAUUCAACUCUCUACUUCCACACAAAGCAAUGGAAGAUCCUAUUAUCUGUGCAGGAAACUAAUCGCAUCUGUGCAAAACUGAUUCCCACAUCUACAUGUGCCGGAAAUCCAUUAGGUAUAUGCAUGAAGUUACACAUCUUCAAGCAACCUCUUCAUUGGAAAAGUAAGAAACUGCGUGAUAGUAAACAGGACUGCUCUUUUUCGGUCUGGCAAGUGGUUCAGACUUGGAGAGCUAUCAACUGCAAACAAAUGGCUCAUCCAAAGGAACAACAAAAAAAAAACCUCCGUGAAGACUAUCUGAAGACUAGCUUUUUUUUUUUUUUUAGUCAGAGUUGGUACUUCAAAUACUGUGAGGGCCUCAUUUAUUCUACUUCUCCCAUACAAACAUUAAGUAGAAAAGUCAAGAGCCCCAGUAUUUCAGUUUUCGUGAUGGUUUUUAGCAAUUAAUUUAAGAACCUUUAAUUCCUUCCUGGAUGCUAAAAUACUAGUAAGAAUCUACUUUUCCCAGUUCUGGAGAAAUGCUCCCUUACAUAUGUGGAUGUCUACCUGCGUUAUUCCUCAUGGUGGAAAGAUAUCAAGUUAUUUUUCAUAGAGUAUUAUAGAUGCAGCUGUAUGUGCUGCAUAUCUUUUUGAUCUAAGAUGUCAAUAACACAUAGUUUAGUUCUUGUAUUCCCUACAUAUCAUUUCAGUGAUAUGCCUAACACAUCUAUGUAUAUAGAAAGUGUCUUUUCCAUGAUGUAUGUUAUAUUCUUACAUGUAAUUAAUGUAUAUUGCCGUAUGUAGUGUAUGUAUUUCAAACUGUACUUUGAAGCUGGUUGUGACUACAGAGGCUAAUAGGUUUCUGUUCCUUUUGGGGGAACAUUUUUGUUAUCUUCCAGAGCUCCUGUAAAGGAGAAUUUUGCUGGUUUCCUCACCUUACCGGGAGGGAGAUUGGUUUGCACAGAGGUUGCCUCUUGGCAAACCAUUCAUUGACUAUUUUUAUCUAAGCAGCUUUGAAUUUGCUGUGUGUUAUUUACCAAUUCUGUGGGUUCCAUGGUCAGUGUAACAUGUCAAACCCAGCUGCACUGUCUUUAGAGACAGGAAGGUUGCCACCAUUUUUAAUGUUUUUCUUGACAUCCACCCUUCUUUACUAAGCAUUCAUUUUUAAGCUGAUAGGUCAAUGAUUAGUAAGCUCUGUUUACUUGCCGUGUAUAUUUGGCUAUACAUCCAGUUUGGGGAAUUGCUUCUACUUCUGUUAAAUCUUCUUAUGAAGUAUGUGAGAAAUCAGUCUAGACAAAUCAUGACACUGCAUUUUGAAUGUGUGUCUGAAAGUAAAAUCACAUAGUACAACAGUACUAUCAACAGUAGUUUAUUCUAAGUUUAUUAUCACUGUUUGUUUUACCAAGAACGAAGUAAUACUGGUGCUUGGACCCAUGCAUUUUAGGAUUAUCCUUCUGAGUGAGAAUCUGGAUCAGUAUAUUCCUAAACACAAAGUUCAGAAAUAAACUGAAAUUCAUAUCUAUGUCUUGUUAUUUGUACUUUAAUAGCCAGAUUUCUUAAAUUAUGAACAGCUUAAUGGUUCAGUUUAAUGCAGGAUUGGAUUAAUAUUGAAUUGGAUUAAUAAUAAAUACUUUUAGUACUGCAGAAUUUUUCUAACCAUCUAGGACUAAUAGAGGCUUUUUAAAUCUAUCAAUGCAUACUCGUACUCUGAGUAUGCAUUGAGUACUCUGAGAUUAAAUUUCCAUCUUUUAAAUUUCCCACUUAUGUUCAGACAGUCACAGCAUCUAGAAUAUCAGAAAAACACAGUUUUCUAUGUAAUUGUAAUGACCGUUAACAAACAGUGCAAACUUUAGUUGGGAGCACUUGCUUUCUAGGGGACUUUUAGUCUUGCUUGGAGAGAACUCGUGACAGGAAGUCUGUUUAAUUUAAGCAAUUCACAGGAACAGGCGAAUCCCCCCCUCUGUCCUAUCCCUUUAUUCCAUGUAGCAAAUUUCACACUCAGGUGUAUAAAAUCAGAAAAUUAUGGUUCAUAUUCCAAACAAAACACAUCUGUGAGUCAGGACUUGCUUGUUGUCUUAUCUUUCCCUCUAUGCGAUGUGCAUAGCAAUCACUGUUUUUGACACUGGAACCAUUGUUUUGUAUUUAGAGUCUUGAAAAACCUGAUGAAAUUCCCUUUUAUAAAGUAUCAAGAUUAUAACUCUCAAAAUCCAGCUGCAGCUUUUUGAUAUUUAAAGUUAGCGAGGUCACCAGCAGUAACUUCUCAGCUGCACAGUAUCUAUUCAAGUAGAACAACUUACACUGCUGGAUUCACACUCACUGUCCCUCAGCUGACAAAUGGAAUAGAAUUUGGUGGAAAGGAACACAUUUCUAUGAAGAUACUGUGGGUUGUUUUGUUUUGUUUUGUUUUGUUUCUUUUAAACAACUGACAAAUACUUUGGGGCUGAGUUUCAAGUAAUUAAUUGCAAUUUUAAUCAGCUCAAUUAAAAUAAUAUAAUAAUUUAAAAAAAAACAACAACACCAAAAACGAGACUGACCCCAGGACUUAAUUAACCAUUUGCACCCAUCACAGCGGUUGUAAAAUACUGGCACUGGUUAACAUGCCCGUAUUUGUACACACAGGCUGCAAAGCAAUUCAUCUGAGGUACUUUGUUCUCCAAGUACUGUACUCCAAGUUUGAUUGAUCAGGGUGAGAAAUAUGCAUGAUUAACUGGUCGAUGUACCAUCUUCUGCAAAUUUGGGUUUAAAGCCAGUAAUUUUAUACGGAGGUUGAACUUUCCAGAUGACUAAUCCCUGGUAUUUUUAAGUCUAGCUAUUUCUGUGGUCUGAAUAUGAGAACAACUGAUUCUGUCAUGUGGCAACUAGAGGUUGUAUUUUUAAAUUGUGUAUUAUUACAUCUGAUUGAGGCAGUUAUGUUUCUUUGAAAUUAUAUUUCAAAUCAGACAGAAGAGGCAAUAAUUAGGGUCUGUGAGCUUGGAAAUUUUGUACUGUGUAUUUAUUUAUAAGAAUAUUCAAAGAUUCACAACACAUGUUCUGGUCUGAUUCUCUCUAAUUUACUUUAUUUUCCCUAAUGAGCAUUUGUCAAUUGCCAUGUACUUCAAUUUUCUUUAACUAUGUCUGUCGAGAUAUGAGAGACACACUAAAAAAAAAAAAAAACAAAAAAAAACCCUCACAAAAUGGCAAAAUGGAAAUGUAAGAAGUUGAAUCAGUUCCAUGACAUUUUGGGGAAAAUGCAGGCACAAAUCAGUUUCCAUGAAAUGUACAUUCUGACUCAGCAUUCAUAAGGUCUUGACUAAAGGUCUGAUCCUGAGAAAUGCUGCUCAAAUGCACAUUUCUAUAAUGGGCCAGAUCCUCAACUGGGUUAAUGUGGUAAAGCAGUUUAUACCAUGCAAGUAUUUUGCUGAAAGGCAGUCAGUAGCAUUCAUGGCAUCUCAUAGAUGGACCAUCAGAAGAUAAAAAAUGUCCUGAGUUCUUUCUAAGGCCAAUUUUCCAAUUGGCCAAUUGUGUUUUAGAAGUAAUGUCUUUUUAGACAAAUGCAGACCUCUUCAAGGGAUCAAGUCAAUGGAUUAAUGUGGACAGAUCCUUAUAGGUUAAGGGAAAGGGCUUUUAAUUUUUAACUCUACUGGUUAGAAUCAUGAUCAUACAAAAAAAAAAGUGAAGAAAUAUCUGACAUGGUCCCUUGUAUAAACAAGAUUAUGAAUGUAAAGCUUAUAAUGCCACUGUGAAAUUUUAAUGCUUAUUUAUUAUGGUUAUGAGGAAACCUGUACUAUAAGAUGAUGAUAAUAAUAAUGAAUAGUCAUCAGUGCCAAUAUGAUUCUACUAUUUUUCUACAUAUGCUUUAUUGUGGCAUUUUGUGUAGCUUGUGUUCUGUGUAAAGAAAUGUCAAUAAAAUCUUUGCUUCCUUUUGUCUGUA